UGUAGUGGUUGUGUGUCGGUUUGCUUUUCAAGUUCUUCGAGUGUUUAAGUAUUGUCCCAAAAUAUCUUCAAAAGUUACCCCUGUGUUUGAGCCUUUUGACAUUAAUUGUCUAAACAUUACACUUUGAAAGAAAUUUAUUUGUGUACUUCGAAGGAAAAAAGGAGUUCUCAAAAUGAAUCUCGUCCCGCCAAUGAAUUGGCAUCAUUCCAUCUUCAAUCAACAGGAUAUGCGUCUUUAUCAUCGACCAGAAGAUUUCUCAAGACAACAUUUUUGGUCACAACAAUCGAGUCUCGGAGCUGGUCCCCGCCUUCCAGAGGAAGUGAAAGUGACACUCGAAAAUAAAAAACUUUGGAAAGAGUUCCAUGGAGAAACUACAGAAAUGAUUAUCACAAAAAUGGGACGACGAAUGUUUCCAUCGAUGCAGAUAAGUGUGAGCGGAUUACAGAAACGAGCCCAUUAUCGUGUGGUCUUGGAGGUGGCGCCGGUGACGGACCGUCGGCAUAAGUAUGUGAUUGACGGAGGGGCGGAAAGUGGCAAUGGAAAAACAUCUUCGAGGGGUUGGACGACUGCUGGUCCUGCUGAGCCUCAACCUCCUCAAAAUCGCAGGAUCUAUUUACAUCCCGAGGGCCCAGCGACUGGCGCCCAUUGGAUGCAACAUCCCAUUAAUUUUAGCAAGUUGAAGCUCACCAACAACGCGGUCGAACAGCACACCAAUAUUGUACUCACGUCUAUGCACAAAUAUGUACCUAUAGUUUGGAUUGUGCGCUGCGAUGAUCAUGAAGACAUCAGCAACUUGUACAUGCAACCUUCGAAGGCUUUCCAAUUCGAAGAAACUGAAUUUAUUGCAGUCACUGCAUAUCAAAACGAGAAAAUCACAAAAUUGAAGAUCGACCACAACCCCUUCGCCAAGGGAUUCCGAGAAACGGGUCAAUCUCGUUGUAAGCGAAAAUUCCACCGGAUGAUGUCAGAAGACCAAACUCUAGACCUUUCCCAAGACUAUCACGACGAAGAAGGCAACGUCUCGUCCUCGGACUCUGAAUCUCAUCGAGUGUAUGAAUCCUCAGAGCAUCAAGUUCAAAGAGUCAAACGAAGCCUCAGUGAAAAUGGAAGUAUUGAUGAUAGUGGCGUCAGUAGUUCCGGAGGAAUUAGCCCGCCUUUACCCACAUACAACUUUCCUGAAUCAAAUUCUCGAGUUUCGCCACCUUUAGAACACCAUCCAAGUCCCCAGCCGAGACUUUAUAGACCCUGGGCUGAUUCACCAUCGCCAUCAUCCUCACCAUCACCUUCAAGAACACAGGAACCUGCUUUACCGACCCUAUCGCCGUUGCAUUAUCAGUUUUUAUAUCCACUUUUGGCUCCCCAGCAACAUUUAGCUGCUUGGGAACUCUCCAGAAUUCAACAAGUGCAGCGUUAUCAAACUAAUGUACUUUUCAACAAAUUUUAUCGAUAAUUCUUAAGAGAUAUUUAGACAUAUACUAGUGAGAUACACUACACUUGUUCAUAAAUACCUUAUUUUCAGUUAGGAAUGAAACUUGGAAAAAACUACAUUCCAUAUAAACUAAAUGAGUAUAAUCCAAAAUUAAUGAUUAUUUAUGCAUAAAUUUAUCGUUUGUUCGAAGCCUAACUUCAAACCGGAAGGAAGGCAUUUAUGAGCAAUUGUGCAGUUAUGGGGCGUUCACUAAAGAUAGUGCCAGUAUUCCUAAUAAGUAAUGGAUCUAAAACAUAAUGUACUAAAAGCCAUCACCAGAUGUCGAUGAUAGCCAAAGACUUGUUAAAAAUCUCAGAUAUUCAAGUGUAAAUAUUUAUUUUAGAAGUGCAUACCAGUUUUUUGGAAGUGUUAGUUGAUCGAUUUUCACUUUGCUCAAUCUUAAUGUAUAUAAUGUGUAAAGGGUCGAGACCAAAGGAAGUAGAUAGGUUAUUCUAAAAAUUUACAAUUUAAUGCCUUUAAUAUAACAGAGUUUUUACUCACUUAUAACAAUAAAAUUCCAUUGUUUGUGUUCAACUAUAUUGUUCGUUUAAAGUGAUACAAAAACUAUCAUUAUGCAAGAUUAGAAACUGUUCCAACUUCCUAUUUGCCUACAAUUAUCAGCUCUAUUGUAAAUAAAAUGGAAUAAGUUGAUUUAUGCAACGAUAAGGAAGCGUCUUAUUUUUAUCGAAAAUGUGCCUUAUUAAAGAGGGCUGUAAAGGUAAUAAGAGUAAAAUAGGAAACUAUAUUUUUAAAUGUAAAUAAAAUCCAUAGAGAUUUAUAACCAGUGAUGUUAUAGAUCCAAACCACCCACGACUGUUAAUUAUAAAUAGAAAGAAAAUAAAUUUUCACUUUUUAA